AUGGAUUCCGCCUUUGACGUGUGUGCUGGCGGCAUCUCGCAAUUGUCCGAGAUUACUCUCGACAAGAUCAGCAGGAAGAUCACCGCCGCCGACAUCAAGAACAAGCGUACGCACAUUGUCUGCACCAUGGGACCCGCGGUUAAAACCGCUGAGACCGUGGUUGCCCUCAUCGAUGCGGGGUUGAACGUCUGCCGCUUCAACUUCUCACACGGAGACCACCAGUCGCAAAAGGAGAUGCUCAUGAAGGUACACAGUGCCAUGGAGCAGCGCCCGCACGCCAACGUCGGUCUUAUGCUCGACACCAAGGGACCUGAGAUCAGAACCGGUCUCCUCAAGGAGCACAAGGCCAUCAACCUCGUGCACGGCCAGUCCCUUAAGAUCACCACCGACUACACCUACGAGGGCGACAACGAGUGCAUUGCGUGCUCGUACCCCAAGCUCACUGAGUCCGUGCAGGUUGGCAGCAGGAUCCUCAUUGCCGACGGUAGCCUCACCUGUGAGGUCAUGGAGAAGUUCAGCGACCACAUCGUCGUCAAGGUUCUCAACAACGCCACCAUCGGCGAGAAGAAGAACAUGAACCUCCCCGGUGUCAAGGUUGACCUUCCCGUCCUCGGCGAGAAGGACAUCAACGACAUCCAGCAGUUCGCCGUCCCCAACAACUUCGACUUCAUCGCCCUGUCCUUCGCUCAGUCCGCUGACGACAUCAAAGAGUGCAGGCGCGUGUUGGGCGAAGCCGGCAAGCACAUCAAGGUCAUCCCCAAGAUCGAGAACAUGGAGGGUCUGCGCAACUUCGACGCCAUCCUCGCCGAAGCCGAUGGUGUCAUGAUUGCCAGGGGUGACCUCGGUAUGGAAAUCCCGGUCGAGAAGGUCUGCAUCGCGCAGAAAUACAUGAUCAGGAAGUGCAACGAAGCCUCCAAGCCCGUCAUCACCGCCACCCAGAUGCUCGAGUCCAUGGUCAACAACCCCAGGCCGACCAGGGCUGAGUCGUCCGAUGUCGUCAACGCUGUUUUGGACGGUACUGACUGUGUCAUGCUUUCUGGCGAAUCCGCCGGCGGCAAGUACCCGGUGGACUGUGUCGAGAUCAUGUCCAAGCUCUGCUUCGAGGCCGAAAACUGUGUCGCCAGCCGCAAGCAGUUCGCCAACGCCAUUGCCGCCACGCGCAAAACCCUCUCUCAGGAGGAGGCUCUUGCCCGCGCCGCCGCUUUGGUCGCCAUGGAGAUCAAGGCAGCUGCCAUCCUCAGCUUCUCCGCUGACGGUAGCCUGACCCACUACAUUUCUGGCUGCAAACCCACCUGCCCCGUGGUCGCUUUCUCCACCGAGCAGCACGUCACCAAGUACAUGAGCGUCUGCCGCAACCUGAUGGCCAAGAGGAUCCCCGCCUACGGCAACCAGGAAAACGACAUCAACACCGCCAUUGCAUCGGCCAAGGAGAUGGGUGUCAUCGAGCAGGGAGACAUGGUCGUUGUUGCCUACGCCACCGGAUCCGGUGUCCAGGGCUCCAACAACUUCGUGCGUGUUGUCUCAGCAUGA